GAUGAGGCCGUGCCUAUUGUAUACGUCGACUAUAUACCACGGGUAUCCUUAUCGUCUCACUCAUCGCCAAUCUGUUAGUACAGCUUUAUCCUGCUGACCAUCAUGUUGUCGCAGCACAGCGAAAUACAGUGACCGCUGAGUGCAGAUUGAGCUUUAUUAUAUGGUUAAUCGCGUGUGUAGACGAGUGCUUUCGUAGUAGCUUUGCUCGAUAGUGCAUUUAAAUUGCGUCAUUUAAGCAUCUUUUUGAAGUUGUGAAUAGUUUCUCGUUCCAAUAAGCAUCCAAGAUAUUGAAUCAUGGCUUGCGUAAAUAUUUCUGGUCGCCUGUAUCCGGUAGAAACGUGGAAUAUGACCGAAUUAGACGACUCAUCUGAAUGGACACCCAUGCUGGACGUUCUCAACGGUGUCGGUACUGGCUCUAGUGGUAUAGGCAGCGUCUGGAACAUAGGAAUUGGCUUCAACUUAUCGUCGUCAGCGCGUCCCGGAUUCAAAACUGAAAUCUACCGAGAUAUUGUGUGCAUGUCCAGCCCAAAAAAGAUUCUGGAACAAUGGGAAAUCGACAAGAAUUUGGCGAUGCUCAUCAGCUACUCCGUUAUUUUCGUCAUUGGUGUUUUGGGGAACGUCACGGCUAUGAUGGGCAUGAUCGGCGACCGUAAAUCGCGCAACGCCACAACUCUUUUCCUAGUGUCGCUUUCAGCCGCUGACCUCCUCCUGGUGCUGGUCUGCGCCCCGCUGGAGGCGUUGCAGUACUUCGUCAUCCAGUGGGACGAGGCGGGUACCAUCUGCAAAACGGCCAAGUAUGCCGAAGUUCUUUCAGCCGUCGCCUCUGUCCUCAAUCUUACGGCCGUGUCGUUGGAAAGGUUUAUAGUGAUUGUGUUUCCCAUCCGCUCACGAUCCGUGUGCACAAUGAGCAAUUGUCGCCGAGCAGUUUUGGUCGUUUGGAUAGUUUCUCUGUUGUUGACUGCGCCCGUACUUUUCACCAAGGGAACAAACCCGUUGACAUUCACGGACGGAGAGGAAUCCGUAACCGUCAACUAUUGCGUGGAAACAGACGGAGGAGUCGGCUUGAUUUUCGCAAUCUAUCAGGCUGUUAUCCUCCUGUUAGCACCAGGCCUGGUCAUGAUCAUCUGCUACACUUAUGUCAUCAGAGAACUGUGGCUUUCCACUCGCAACAUGAGAGUCCUCACCAACACCAGCACCAACCACGAGAGACGGCCACGGCAACAAGAGAGGCGAUGGCGAGGAGGGACCAACACCCGAUGGCCUUACAAUAAGAAAUCGAGUGAUACUGCGUCGUCGUCCGUGCCCAGAGCGGUUGCUGCGACGGCCACUGGAACAACACUUAUCACCGGGACUUCGACGCCUGUUCCUAGCACCUCAACUCCACUGUUAGUUCGCGGCCACGAAGCUUGCCUCCUACCCUGUCACGGGCCGUGCUCGGCCAGCAACCAGGCAUCGUCUUGUUGCAACACCUUUACGGGCACUGCUAAUAACGGCCAUCACUCACCCAAUCAAUCCUCUCCGGAGACCAGCCCACAUCAUCAAGCUCAAUUAUUGCUUGCUAGAAAUCCUUUGCGGGAAACGCUAAGGACUCGGCCAACUAUCAGGAAGAUUGGAGUUCAUCAGGCACGUGCCGAGGAUGCACGCAAUGCCAGGAAACAGGUGAUCAAGAUGCUGAUCCUCGUCAUUGUGCUGUUUCUCAUCUGCUGGGGAUCGCGCCUCUGCAUGGAGAUAUCCAUCAAGGUGGGACUGGAGUCGUUCUCACAGGGGAUCUACAUCUUGCGCAUCGCCAUUAAUUUGCUGCCAUACGUCCAUUCGUGUUUGAAUCCGUUCAUCUACUCGCUCAUGUCGAAGAACUUCAGACGGUCCAUGUGGCGCCGGCUACACUGUUGCUGCUGCAUGUGUGCCAACAGCGCCUGCUGCAUCCAGCGCCGUUGUUUCUGCCGCCCGUCCGCCGCCUUUUCAUCAAUGGCACGCACUGGCCAAGAUGUCACGAUAUAUGGCGACCGAUCGCCCGGUGGUCAACGACGCUCAUGUCGACACUGUCGCCAAUUCAACAGCCAGUACAAUUUAAACGAUCUCUCGGUCGGUAUGGGCGCUGGAACGAGCUUGAACGCAUCGCAGGAACGGACGGAAGCCAGCGGAUCGUCCCGUAUGCGUGGUCUAACUUCACGACUGGCCAGGGGAAGUAAUGGCGCAUUAGGUGGUAGCAGUCCGCUCCUUUUAAUGCGCACCCGUAGUGUCAACAACCGUUCCGUUUGUUCCACAUCAGUCAUUCCGGAGUGUACAGAACAUUUUGAAGUCGACUGCUGUUUGUGAAA